UCCAGGCCCUUCCUGGGCAGCAGCUAUCGCUAUAGCAACGGGGGCCUUCCGCUAGGACGGUGCGCACAAUGGCGGCGCCCAUGCUGAGCGCGGCGCUGUACGGCGUACGGAGCGGGCGAGCCUUCGGCACCGCCGCUGCUCUCUGCAAGCGGGCAGCCCCUCUGGGGCCGAUGCCUAACGAAGACAUAGACGUCAGCAACCUGGAAGCGCUGGCAAAAUAUCGCAGUUUUACUCGCUACUUCAGGCUGGCUGAAAAGGAGAGCAGGAAGCCUCGGUGGUGGAAGACGUACCAGCAAUACACUACCUCGGAGCCAGAACCAAAGAUUGACAUCAGCCUGCCACAUGAUAAACCGCUGCGGAUGAAGGAACUCAAGGAAAGAAAAAAGAUCCUGAGACAGAACCACCAGAAUGCCGAGAUGGAAAGAGCAGCACGGCUCCGAACAGUGCUGAUCCCCCUCGAUGAAGUCAGAGCUGAGUGGGAGAAGACCAGCGGCCCAUUCCACAAGCAGCGUUUGGCAGAGCACUAUGGGAUAUUUCGUGACUUGUUCAAGGGGGCCACAUUCACCCCCGGGGUUAUCCUUAGGGUGGGAUACAGCCAGGAAGAUGAGCAUGUUGUGCCAGUCUACCACGGGAAUAUGGUGACUCCAUCAGAGGCUUCUAGCGCCCCUGAAGUGUCAUAUGAGGCAGAUAAAGGUUCCCUGUGGACUCUGUUACUCACAAAUCCAGAUGGACAUUUAAGAGACACCAACUCGGAGUACCUUCACUGGCUGGUGACAAACAUCCCAGGCAAUGACAUCAAGUCGGGAAAGGAGACUUGUCAUUACUUGCCCCCUUUCCCUGCCAGGGGAACUGGUUACCAUCGUUUCAUCUUCCUCCUCUUCAAGCAAGACCGCCCAAUAGAUUUUAGUGAGGAUGUUCGACCGACACCAUGCCACAGUCUCAAGAUGAGAACCUUUAGGACGUAUGACUUCUACGAGAAGCACCAGGACCACAUGACCCCGGCAGGGCUGGCAUUUUUCCAGUGUCAGUGGGACAGCUCCGUUACUCGGGUCUUUCAUCAGCUUCUUGAUAUGAAGGAGCCCGUCUUUGAAUUUGUGCGGCCGCCCGUAUACCAUCCUCCACAGGUAAAGUUCCCACGCCAGCAGCCUCUGAGGUACCUGGACAGAUACCGAGAUGUCAAGGAGCCCACCUACGGCAUUUACUAGGGGCCUGGCCUCCUCUCUGAGUGCUCUGAUGUACCUGAGGUUGCAGGCCCAGAAGAUGGGACUGCCAGCUUCCCUGCAUCUGCACAACUGCAGUGUCAGGAGCAGUCCACGCCUCCAGAGGAAGAUAACAAAAUCUCAGCCCCCUGGCUCCGAGUUCCACUUUGCUGGCAGUACUGGGAAGUGUGCAGCUGAGAGCAACGGCAUUUGCAGUGUUAGCAGUUGUGCGGUCAAAAGGCUACUUGAGAGCAUGUUCAUGUAUGAGGACAAAUCUGUGUCUGGGCUGAAAUCUUGCUACUGAUUCUGUAGCAGAGCUGUUUGAUAAGGGUGCUGGGGUAGAGUCCACCAGAGAUGUUCUGCUUUGGUUCUCUGAAGAGAUCAGAGCUCUUCUUUUGUCCAUUUGCAGUGCAAACGGAGCUAGCCCAAGCUGUGUCUUCUCCCCUUCCCAGUGCUGCGGUUUGGGACUGCGUUGGCUCUUUUUUGUACAGUCCUCUUAAAAACCUGAGUCUGAUUAAACACCUUGUGAGCACCA